CUGAGUUGAGAAGCAACAUACUUCUUGAAGGAGUCAAACCAAGAGAUGAGAACCAUUUCCUUUGAGAAGACACCUGUGGUUUUUGUGAUACCAGUGAGUAUUACUCAUUUUAGAACUACCCACUACAUGAAGCCGUGGCACUCUGCAGCUUGACUGAAUCAGCCUGGACUCAUUUGUACAACAGUCAACCAGAACAAGUAUGAACAUGGAAGUAAAGGCAGCAUGAGGGGACGCGUUGUGAAGAACUGAAAAAAAAGAAGAAGAAAGAUUAACACACAGGAAGGAGGAAGUGUGAUCUGCGAUAUCUCCAGUCUGUGUGUGUUUUGUGUGUGUUUUGUGUGUGUGAAUGUGUGGGUCCUGGUGGACUGUUUGUGUGAAUGAGGCGCUGACCUGUGCUAUGAGUUAAGGAUAAUGUCUCUGAAACUACCUCGUAACUGGGACUUCAGCACCUUCAAGGCUGACAGCACCAGAAUAGCACGAUCCAGGAGUGUGAUACCUGGAGAGGGAAGCCCAGGCUCUCCACGCUCCACCAGGUCCAUGGAGCGACCCCUGAAGGCCGGCUGGCUCAAGAAACAGCAGAGGUCUUUGGUGAAGAACUGGCAGCAACGCUACUUUGUGUUGAGAGGAAGCACUUUGACCUACCACAAGGAUGACAAGGAGACCACUGUGCAGGGAGUCAUUCAGCUGCGAUUCAGUAAAGUUAAUGAACUCCCUCCAAACUCAGAUGACCCUGGGAAGUACCUCUUCGAGAUCAUACCACGCACAAAUGGAGACAGAGAGCGAUGCCCUUACGUGUUCAUGGCGAACUCCCAGAGUGACAUGGAGGAGUGGGUUCGUACUCUGCGCAGGGUCAUCGGAGUCCCAACGAGUGGAGUGUUUGGAAAGAGUCUGGUGGACACGGUUACAUAUGAACAGCGUUUUGGACCUCACAUGGUGCCGAUCCUGGUUCAGAAAUGUGUGGAAUUCAUCAAAGAACACGGACUGAAUGAAGAGGGCAUCUUCCGCCUCCCGGGUCAGGACAACGCCGUUAAACAGUUCAGAGACGCUUUUGAUGCAGGAGAGAGACCCUCGUUUCCCAGUGACACAGACGUCCACACUGUGGCGUCAUUACUUAAACUGUACCUGCGAGAGCUGCCAGAGCCUGUUGUACCAUGGAUUCAGUACCAAGACUUCCUGGACUGCACCAACCUGCUGGACUUCAGAAGCACUGAGGGUUGGGAAAAGCUGGAGCGACAAAUUGCCCUUCUCCCCAAACUUAACUACAAUCUUCUGAGUUACAUCUGUCGGUUCUUGUUCGAGGUGCAGCUGAACUCCCAAGUGAACAAGAUGAAUGUGGAGAAUCUUGCCACAGUGAUGGGGAUCAACCUGCUGAAACCUCAGAUAGAAGACCCCAUCACUGUGAUGAAGGCGACUCCUCAGAUCCAGAAAAUGAUGACGGUGAUGAUCAGACAACAUGAGAAACUGUUUCCUGUUUCCAAAGACGUGAUUCCUUCCCCUCCUUCAAACAAGUCUGAAAGUCAGAAGAACGCUCCUCGAAGCUUUGUAGGCUGGGAGUCUGCAGAGAUGGGAGAUGCGUCUCUGUCUGAGUCACCAGAAGAAGAGGAGGACAAUGACAGUCCAGGUCCACACAGAGGCGACAACAAUUCCCCAGAUACCCCUCAGGAGCUUCCCUCACCUUCUGCAGAUGACUUUCUUGGGAGCCCUCGCAAACGUACCCAGACCCUCCCCGUCUUCAACUGCCCCCUCACCGGGAUGGCAGCCAAAACCGACGCCCUGAACAGGUGGAGUCGCUUACAAGAAAGCAUAGAAGAAAAGACUGGGACACUGUCGGAGGACAUUUUUAAGAUCCUGGAUCUCAGGAGUUCGGGCUCGUUUUUUGGAGGUUCUCAGGUUAGCAAGAAAGAGGUGGAGAAUAGGUCAACAGCCAGAAGGGGAAGUGACACCACAGGGUCUGCUACUGCUGCUACCGUAAAACCGGAAAGUGACACCAGGCAUGUCCUGACACAUCAGAAAAAUGUACAAACCCUGACGGUGAGCACAGAGGAGGUCAGCAGUGGAUCAGAGCAGAAGACAGAGAGUCAACAGCUUCAACAGAGUUUGCAGCAGGAGAACAAGGAGCUGAAGGCCACAGUAGCUGAACUCCAGUCGGCUUUGGAGGCAGAGCGCCGCCGUGUGGCCGCUCUGGAGAUCUGCCUGAGAAAUGCAGAGCGCAGCCAAGAAGAGGCCCUGAGAAGAAACCAUGAGCUGCAAAGGGACAUUCAGCAGUUCCUCACCAAAGGAUCACUGGCUCCCACCUAAGAGUCAAUGACAGGCUUAGCUUGACCUCAACAGAGAUGAAUCCACUGUAGCAGUAAUAAAACUGUCACUGGAGCUUUCAUGUCCGAAAGAGACGUUCAUGGCUCAUCUGUUUGUGCCAGAUUCCACAGUCUAAUACAGAGAGAUAAUAACAGCCUUUUAUGUCACUAUUCAGUUCAAAGACUAAAACACAGCUCAGUUUUUUGUCUAUCUACAGAAGGAAACAUUUCUCUAUGAACUGCUUUUGUCUGGAAGUUACAGGACACGAAUGGUUGCCACAUGGGUCAAAAUGAUGUGGUCAUUUUGCAACUCAGAAGCCUAAUGUUAGAUAUGGACUUUAUAAUGUGAUGCAAAUAUUUCCCCGACUGUGUUAGGCUAUAUUGCAUAAUUGUUCAGUGAUGUUAUUUCAGUAGUAAAUAAAUAAAAUAUUUAAGUGUU